AUGGACGCCUCUAACAAGCCCACAAUCACCUUCUACGAUAUCAUCCUCGACCCGAAAGCCUACCCAAUGGCGCCGAACCCGUGGAAGACGCGCUUCGCGCUCAACUUCGCAAAGGUCCCCUACCGCACAACCUGGGUCCCUCUCAACGCCGUCGCCGAGACGCGCAACUCGCUCCAGCUCCCCGCCAACCGCAAGCACGACGACGGCACCGACUUCCCCACCCUGCCCAUCAUCCGCGACCCCCUCGUCUCUUCCUCCAGCUCAGGAGAGAAGAAUGAGGAGAUAGUGGGCGACUCAUUCGACAUCGCGCUGCACCUACAGAGAAACUACCUCGCCGGCAAGAAAGACCAACUCUUCCAGGACGGAGGAAACGGCAGCAGCACGGUAUCCCUACACCGCGUCUUCAACGCCCUCGUAGACCAAGUCUUCAGCCAAUAUGGCGCCCCGCUCGGCGGCUUCUACAUGCCCCUCGACCCGCGCACCGUCGAGGCCGACAGGAAGUCGUUCCUGGACCGGUUUCCGGGCAAGAAGUGGGAGGACCUCGAGAUUCCACCCGGCUCGGAGGUAAGGAAGAAGAUGCUAGCGGAUUUCGAGACGAACUUGGACGCGAAGCUCGGUCCCUGUUUUCCUGCCGGGGGAGCGGGUCCCUUUAUGGACGGGCGCGAGAGCCCCGUGUAUGCGGACUUUAUCGUUGGCGGCUGGUUGCAGUUCAUGAAGGGGUGUUUGCCUGAGUGGGAUGCGUUGAGGAAUGAGUGGUCUGGUGGGAAAUGGGGGAGGCUGUUUGAUGCGCUUCAGGAGUGGACGGGCGUAGAUGGGCGAGAGGGCGUCGUCCCGGCGAGGCCAUGA